UGCUGCACACCCGGAACUACAAACAUGGCAGGUACGAUUUGCAUCUCUGCCGAAUAUGUUGACCAUAAAAACCGCACACGCAGAACGUCAACACAACAAGAUGGACGUUGCUUUCGGAAUCGCGAUGCUCCCGCAGCAUAAGCGUUGAUUUGUUGGGACGCCGCCGACGAGGAAGAUGUUACUGGCGUCCGCCGUGGUCGUGUGGGAAUGGCUGAACGAGCACGGCCGCUGGCGGCCCUACAGCCCGGCGGUGUGUCACCAUAUCGAGGCGGUGAUCCGGAGCGAGCCGCGCUGCGCUAGCGUGGUCCUCGGCCAGGUGGACUCUCGCCUCUCGCCUUACAUCAUCGACCUGCAGUCCAUGCACCAGUUCCGCCAAGACACGGGCACCCUUCGAGCGGUCCGCCGCAGCUUUUACGAGCCCACCUCGGCGCCCGGCCAGGGUUGGCUGUGGGAGUGGGAGAACGACGUGGGCAGUUGGACAGCGUACGACACGGAGGUGGGCAUUGCCAUCCAGGCGGCGCGCGACCGCCAGCAGCCCUGGCUGGACCUGGCGCCGCUGGGGUUCUGCUACCUCAUCGACUUCGGAAGCAUGACCCAAAUCAACGGGCAGACGCAGCGCUGCCGCCGCAUCCAGCGACGCGCCGAUUUGGCUUACCCCUUGGUGUCGGGGCCCCUGCCCAAAUCCCACCACGGAUGGGCACCUGCGUAUUUGCCUCACCCCGGAGGAGCCGUGGAUGUUUCUGCCGGGGGAGCGGGAAUCAGGACGGGAUGCAUGGGGGGAGGAAAUGGGAGCGCGUACCCCAGUGGGGCGCUCCCCGCUUCAGCUAUCACCUCUUUGGGACCCCCCUGUUCCUGCCAGCAGUGCAUGCUGCUGCUCAGUGUCAAGGUGGGCACCGUGUCCAGCGCUCAAACUCUGGGUCGGAGACCGCCACAGACUAAACCACCCAGUCCCAAACUGUACAGUCACCUGAUCCCUGGAGGGCCCUUCUCACUGACACUCCCACGGUUGCCCUCAAUCUCACGGUCACUCUCCCCUCACAGGACGUCCACAGUCGGGGCGACAAGCGGCCCCGGUGUCGCGGGUGGCGGUCUGGGAAUCGGAAGUCCGGAUACGGGCGGAGGCUUCACGCACUCGCUCUCCCUUCUCAGCUCUGCAACCGCCGCCCUGUCCCUCAACUCCGGCCGCCCUCCGCCCCCAUCGCUUCCUCCUCCGCCGCCGCCCCCGCUAUCUACCCCGCUGCCUACCCCGCCUCACCCUUCCACAUCCCUGUCCUGUAUGGCUCCGGCCGCGCCCGCUUCGGGCCCGCCUCUCGGCUCGGCCUGUGCGCCCUCGCCUUCCGCCCGCGUCCUGGGACCGCUGUCUUCGUCUCUGCCGCCGCGAUCCAGCCUGGCGGGGCUGAGCCGACCGGCGAUGCAGCGCCUCGCCAUGGCGCAGUCCCGCGCCCUUAUCGCCUCGGGAGUACCGACGGUUCCCGUAAAGAACCUGAACGGCUCCAGCCCUGUGCACCCUGCCCUGGCCGGGAUUACCGGCAUCCUCAUGAGCGCGGCGGGACUUCCUGUUUGCCUGACCCGUCCUCCCAAGUUGGUGCUCCAUCCGCCGCCGGUCAGCAAGAGUGACAUCAAACCCGUGCCGGGCCUGGGCCACUGCUGUCGCAAAACCACCAAGAAGCAGGCCCGGAAAGGUAGGACUCCUGAGGAGGUGGUGAAGAGGUACCUUCAGAAAGUCCGCAAUCCCCCUGAGGAGGACUGCACCAUCUGCAUGGAAGUCCUGGCCGGCCCCUCCGGCUACAAAGGCCCCGGCGUGGGCGGCAUCUCCCGCGCCGAGUCGGUGGGCCGCCUGGCGCAGUGCGGCCACCAGUACCACCUGCAGUGCCUGGUGGCCAUGUACAACAACGGCAACAAGGACGGCAGCCUGCAGUGCCCCACGUGCAAAACCAUCUACGGCGUCAAAACCGGGAACCAGCCUCCCGGCAAGAUGGAGUACCACGUCAUUCCGCACUCGCUACCGGGACACCCCGACUGCAAAACCAUCCGCAUUAUUUACAACAUUCCUCCCGGCAUUCAGGGCCUGGAGCACCCAAAUCCUGGCAAACCCUUCACAGCCCGCGGUUUCCCGAGACACUGCUACCUCCCGGACAGCGACAAAGGCCGAAAGGUUCUCAGGCUGCUCCUGGUGGCGUGGGAUCGCCGCCUCAUAUUCUCCGUGGGCACGUCCAGCACCACCGGCGAGUCGGACACGGUCAUCUGGAACGAGGUGCACCACAAGACGGAGUUCGGCUCCAACCUGACGGGCCACGGCUACCCCGACCCGGGCCACCUGGACAACGUUCUGGAGGAGCUCAAGGCUCAGGGCAUCACCGAGGACGAAUGUCUCCCCCGGGAAUGAGGCAAACAUUAAACAGAUCACGUGGGAAAGAAAUCUUUUGAGGGAGGUCAGAAUCUUUUACCGUGAAACAGGGGUGGGGGAAGCUCGCAUUUGAUCUGGCCCGCCCGUCGAACCUCGGAGGAGCUGUUCAAGCCCCCAAACGGUCAUACACAGCCACCAUUUGUUUUAAGACGACAGCAUUUUGAAACCGUCCGUCACACGUUAACGUAGAGUCAAAAGCGGUACACCAAGGUGAAGUGCGUGUUUAGCGUUUUUUUUACAUUUUUGAAAUUUACAUUUAAGUUUUAUGCACAAAGGAUGCCACUAGCACCACAUUCCAACACCGUUUCGGAGUUAACGCGUUCGUCUGAACGUUUUUAGUAUUUACAUGAAAAUUUAAAAAAAUUCUGUUUUUACUCGGCCGUCAUGUAAAAUGUCAGACGCGUUUUAGUCCCUCCGUCACACAAACAACCCCCAAAAAAGAAACAUACUACUCAAAAGUAAAGUUCGCUUUUAUGGUUUUUAACAUUUUGGUGUUAUUGGCGUUUACGUGGAAAACGGCAAUGCUGUUGUUAUCAUUUGGCGUUCGUUGUUUCGGCUGUUACAUAGUGCCGCGUGCCUAAAGUUAGCGUCUGUCUGAAUAUUUUUCAAGACAUUUUUAGCAUUUACAUUUAAAAUGGUAACGCUCAAUUAGUGUUUUCAGGCUCCAAAAUGCUGAUGUCAUGUAAAAUAACCGACAAAAUGACAUUUUUAAUCCAUCUGUCAUGCGCUAACAUUGUGUCAAAAGAAGUACUUUGGAUGUUUGCGUCUUUGUGCCCAAAGACAUUGUGUUUUUUUUUUCUUCUUUAAUUCAGAAUCAUCUCUAUUUGCCAAGUAUGUCCCAAAAAUUCGGCUUUGAACAAACUUUUUGUUCACUCAUGAAGUGUUUGCAGGCGCCAAAUCAUAAAACCUCUCUCCUUUUUUUUUUUUUUUUGAAAUCUUACUUAAUAUUUACUCGUGAAUUCAUGAUGGUGCUGUGAGGACUUCCCCACCCCUGUCUUAAAGGAACAGUGGCAAACAUUUCACAAAACAAAACAAAAUCCACGAAAAGCGUUUAUCGACUGCAUGAUCUACGAUAUUGCGUUUUGACACCACUGUGCACAUCCAGUACAAGUCAGUGUUCAAAUUAUAACUUCAUACUGUUGCACGUCCACGUCGAGAAUGUAAGCGUCACCAUGGCGACUUCAUUUUGAGCAUGGACGUUUGCUGACCUCCAGAGUUACUCUUUGGCAACUACAUUCCAUUUGGUUCCAUUCAUCAGCUGUCAUGUGUUCGUAUUUUGAUUUUGUAUUGACUUGUUUUUAUAUUUAUUUAUUUUAGGUACAAAGAGGUAUUUCUUAGUUGUUUCUGUACCAUUUUUGUUAUUUUAUUGUCAUUUUCUGCUAUGAAAUGGUAUAUGUAACCAUUGAAAGCAUUUAUAUUUUAUGUAUGGAAGUAUGCACCUUGUAUGUUUGUUAUAUAUGUGCACAAAUUUACAUUAAAGUUUGUUUGUUUUUC